AUGCUUCGUGUGCAGUCAUUGCAGACUCAAGUUGAUUCCAAAUUUGAAGAUAUCUCAAUCCAACCCGGCUGGAGAGUGAUCGUAAUGCAUGUGCUCGGAGCAGAAUUCAUCGAGGUUCUGUAUGUAUGGAACCAUCCGCAUCACGAUGGUACGAGCGGCAAGUUUUUCCAUCAGCACCUAGCAAGAAAUCUUAACGAAAGCCUCGCCCAGGACAAGGAAUCUGUACUCGAAACUACCAAAGGUUCAGAUAGUUUGAUUCUCGACCUCUCGGAUCCUUCUGACAAGUUGGCACCAAACCCUGAAUUGCUCUCCUGGUGGCUUGUGGCACCUAAGUUUUUGUUCAAGGCACUUUGGAAAGAGCUGAAACCACCAUCAAUUUUCCCACCUGAAGACACCUACGCCACCUGGGCUCCAAUCAAGCACAAGCCCUUCACAACGCGAUUUCGUACCUUUAGCGUCAGCCAUGAAGUCGCCACGAACCUAGUGCGCGCCUGCCGUCUACAUCACACCACAGUGACUGGUCUCGUCCAGGCCCUAGCCCUCGUCUCCCUAGCACGUUCUCUUGGCGACAUGAAAGGGUUUGCAAGCAGGACUCCAUAUGAUCUGCGACACAUCUUGCCACCAAAUCCUCCACGUUAUCCUUGGCUACAACCCAAAGAGACCAUGUGUAACUAUGUAUCGGUGGUCGACCAUGAAUUCGAUGCCAAGCUAGUUGCUUCGAUUCGAUCCAAAAGGCCACCUAGGACCGACGAAAAUGCAAGUCUCCCAAGCGAGAUAAUGGACACUGUCUGGUCCGUCGCGGCCCGAGUACGACAAGAGAUCCGGGCGAGACUCGACUCAGGGCUAUUCAAUGACUCGAUAGGCAUCAUGAAGUUUGUCUCGGACUGGCGAGCCCAGCAGCAGGGUGAAAUGCAAAAGGCGAGAUACUUUUCUUGGCUCGUUACGAAUCUGGGAGUCUUGGACCGCAAUGUCGGCAGAGCACAGGAGCAAGAAGAGGGUUGGUCGUUGCGCAAGGCGGAACUAGUACUGAGCACCGAGAUACUCUCUGCCGCCAUAUCCGUAAUAAUCAUGACGGUAAAGGACGAGCAAAUGUGCGUCACUUGCAGCUGGCAAGACUGUGUGGUCGAGGCUGAUAUUGGCGAGCGUCUGCUUGGCGAUCUGGAAAGAUGGAUAAACGAGAUUGGAUCUUGA